AUGUCUGAUUGUGCCGGUAAAAUAAAAUCUCGAGUUGUGGUUUUAGGAGGGUGCGGCUUCAUCGGUCGGAACCUGGUGGAUUAUUUAAUAACCAACGACUUGGUGAGCGAAUUGCGCGUAGUGGAUAAAACUCCGCCACAGCUGGCCUUUCUGAAUCCCGCACAUACAAAGGCUUUCGAAGACCCCCGCGUUGAGUACAAGAGCGCUAAUCUUAUUAAUCCAACAUCAUGCGCCACAGCCCUCAGCAGAGACGGCGAGCCCUGGGAUCUAGUGGCGAACUGUGCGGGGGAGACCCGGGUGGGGCAGACAGAGGCGGUGUACUCAGAGGGUAUCUUCACACUUAGUUGCAACGUUGCUCAGCAGUGCGCCAAAAUGAAAGUCGGACGACUAGUUGAGAUCUCCAGCGGUCAGAUGUACAGUAGUGAUAAGCCACAAAAAGAAGACUGCCCUAUUGAACCUUGGACAGUGGAAGGUCGGAUGAAGAGCAAAGUCGAGCAGGAGCUAAAAAACUUGGAACCAGAGCUGAGUUACACAAUAAUCAGGCCAGCCAUCGUGUACGGGAUCGGUGACAGAAGGAGUUUGACACCACGAUUACUCAUCGGUGGAAUCUAUAAGCAUCUUGGACAAACCAUGAAACUCCUAUGGACAGCCGACUUGAAAAUGAACACCGUCCACGUGACAGACGUUUGCCGCGCCAUCUGGACGCUGGGCAGGGAAGCUGAGGCCUGCGGACAGACAUACAAUGUGGUGGACGAGGCGAACAGCACGCAGGGCAGCCUCGCCAAACUCGUGUCAGAGAUAUUCAAGAUAAAGCAUGAUUACUAUGGCACAGCUAUAUCCACAUUGGCCAAGAGUGACAUGGCGUCAGUAGCGGAGCAGGCGAACGACACUCACCUGACCGCAUGGGCGGACAUCUGCCGGCGCUACCAGCUGCAGCACACGCCGCUGGAGCCCAGCGCCGGGCCCGAGCUUCUCCUAAACCGCCAGCUGUGUCUGCACGGCGCCAAGCUCGCGCCGCUGCUGCAGCCCCUUGUGCCUGCGCCCACUGCAGACAACUUGCGCGCGGUGCUUGAGGACUACGCUUCUAUGAAUCUCUUCCCUAAGGAGCUCCUGCUAUGA